AUGCCUCUCAAAGUCGUGGUCGUCGGUGCCGGGCUCGCGGGCCUCGGGGCCGCUAUUGCCCUGAAUCGUGCGGGUCAUGAUGUUGAGGUCCUCGAACAAUCGAGCUUCCUGAACGAGGUGGGCGCCGCCAUCCACGUGGCGCCGAACGCUACCCGGAUCCUGCGCGACUGGGGCUGUGAUUUCGACAGCCUGCAGGCUGUUCAGUGCAAGAGGUUGCAGGUCUGGGAUUCGACUGCUAAUCUAAUCUAUACUCCGGUUGUGACCGAGGUUCAGCAGAGGACGCUCGGAAUCUCUGACGAUUGGGUGUUGACGCAUCGGGUUGAUCUCCACAACACGCUUCGGGCGACGGCGGCCCGGGAGGUCGAUGGGCGGAAACCGAAUAUUCGUCUUUGCUCGCGGGUUGUUUCUGUUGAUGCCGAGGCAGGUGUUGUCAGCUUAGAGUGUGGUGAGACCGUCACUGGAGAUGUGAUUAUUGGCGCCGACGGCAUUCAUUCCCGGUCGGUCAAGGGGGUCACCGGCGAGGAACCGUGCAAGGUCAGUACCGGCCAGAACUGCUUCCGGUUUCUGGUGCCGGUCUCGAAGAUGCUGGCGGAUCCUGAGACGGCCGCGCUGGUGCAGAAGCUCGGGCUGGACGGCGUCCAUGCCAUUGCCUCCGAGGAUCGAAGGCUGGUCCUCUAUCCCUGCCGCGGUGGGGACUUGCUCAACGUAGCGGGAAUCUACCCCGCGGAGCCCGGCUCUACCGUCAAGGACUCCUCGUGGCUGGAAGGUGGUAGCAUGGAGACGUUGCUCGAGACAUACCAGUCGUUCAGCCCGGCGCUGCAAGCCAUGUGCCGCCAGGCCGAAGAUCUCAAGCUGUGGAGCUUGGCCUCGCGCGUGCCGCCCACAACCUUCGUCAAGGGCAAGCUGGCCCUCGUUGGCGACGCAGCGCAUCCCACACUUCCGCACCAAGGCCAGGGUGGUGCGCAAUCCUUCGAGGAUGGCGCCGCGCUGGGCGCGGUCUUCACCUCCUGCACCACGCCGGAGCAGGUACCCCAGCGACUCGAGCUCUACAACCGUGUGCGCUACAACCGGGCGAUCACCGUGCAGUUCAUGUCGAAGACGCACGACGAGAAGCGAGGCGAGAUGCUAGAUGAACUGCGCCAGUUCGUGCCCGACGCCGAGGUCCCGAAGAAUAUGUUCGCGUUCACCUGGAGCUCGUACCCGGCCCGCGAGGCGGAACGGCUGUUGGUCGAAGGUGCGGCGGCAUGA